CCAACCACACACAGAAAGACACGCCGAUUGGAGCGAAGCGACCUAGGUUCCAGCGAGAAACAAACAACAAACAAUCGCCAUGUCCUCGUCCUCGUCCUCGGGAAACGACCUCUUUGCCGGCUUGUCCCUCGCGGCAUCGCCGCCAAAAAACGGCAAGGCAGCAGUAGUUGCAGCGGCGGCMCCCGACGGGUCGGUCGGGUACGUCCCGCCGAUGCUUUCGACGGACGAGGGACAGAGCUCGGGGGGCUUUUCGUCGGGUGCACCGGCUCCCCUUCCACCGCAGCGGCCAAGCAACGCACAGGCAAACAGCGCACAGCUCAACAACGCACAGACAAACGCACAGCCGCAGCCGCCGCCCAGGGCCCCCGUUCCGGUGCGAAACGCCCCCGUGACGGACAAGCUGCUGAACCUCCUCGGGGAAUCGGCUCCCGGUCCGGCAGCCCGGCACAACGGAAGCGGGCCCGCCGCGUCCUCUUCCGCGUCCUUGUCCCCGGUGCCGGUUCCGAGGGCGAAAGAACCAACACCAGCGGCCAAACCGGCGGCAGCGGCAGCGGAAACAAAGGCACAAUCGCCACCGCUGGCCGAAUUGCCCCCACCGCCACCGCCGCCAGCCCUGACGUCGUCGCCCAAGUUUGCGCCCGCGGCCAAGAAACAGGCCAAGGCGACGAAAAAGAGGGCCGCAAAGGCCGCCAUUGGCACGCAAAAGAACGAAGGAGUGACCUCCGAGGCGGCCGUGGUUCCGGAGGCACCCAUUGCAGCAGUGGCGGGGAAAGAGGACGAACAAACCGGCGGUCCUCCGGCAGCAGGACCAGCAGCAGCAGCACCAGAAACAACCAUCGACCCAAAGGCAGUCGAGACGAAAGCUCCGGAUGCCGUCCCGAACGACAGCGUCGGCGAGGCUAGUGCAAAGAAUAGCGAACCGAGUGAAGGGAGCKGAGGAGACAAUGCCAAGGAUGUCGCUUCAACAAAACCAUCGACCCCUUCCGACGCGGGACCGCAGCAACAGGAACAGCAACAGCAACAGCAAAGCGAAAAAACAACACCACCGGAACCGGCGGCUCCUCCCCCACGCCGCAGAUCGGAAAAGCCCCCGGCCCUCCCGGACGAGACCCACCACGGCGGCAGCGGCAACGCUCCCGGCGGCCCAUCGGUUUCCAAGCGGUCCCUCCGCGGCGUCGGCGUCGUCCGGGCCGACACCCCGAUCCCCAACAGCGACGUCGCCCUCCGGCUCUUGCGCAAGUUCGCCCAAAAGACCCGGCCCGGCGUUCCCGAGUCCCACGGGGGAACCCAGCCCCUCUCCAUGUGGACGAGAUACGUUUCCGGAACGCCCACCGAGUACGACACCCGCUUCGACGCCUACCAGAAGCUGAUGGAGUCCAUCGCCACCGGGAACGAAACAGAAAAGGAUGCAGAACGGCCCGGAAAAUCCCCCUCGGAAACAAUGGUGGACGCCGUCCUGGGCGAAGAGGGGGACACGAUGCAAAAGGCCAGGAGCGCCAUGGCCUGCUUCUGCCACCUCAUGGGCGUCUGGGGACACGCCAGCUCCCACAUGGCCCAGAACACCGACCGCAAGAAGGGGGCGGCCUUUGAGACCUUUUGCGGGAUGGUCAGCACCGGCUUUGACACGGCCUCCUCGCUCGUCACGCACGGGUGCCUCGACGGGGUCAUGAUCGGGAUCGGACCCUCGCACGAGGAGUACCACAAGGUCGCGGACGUGCUGGCGGAAUCCGUCUUCUCGGUCGACCUCUCCCAGCCGGCCAGCGAGCUGUCGGCCGUCAAGUUCCUCCUGUCGCUGGGCUGCCGGGUGGACCAGAACACCGGGGAGGCCCUGCUGCGGGGGAGCCACCUGCUGCAGACCAUCCGGAUCCUCUACCACGUCUUUUUGUCGACCCCCACGGACGCCAACAAAACCACCGCAAGGGCGGCCCUGCAGCAGCUGGUGACCUCGGUCUUUCUGCGGAUGGUUGCCUCGGGGAACAAUGCCUGCGAAGAAAAAGAAACCACCGAAGACCACCCUUCCGUUUCCGAUGGCCCGAGCCAUUGCGAAAAAGCGGGCGGCCCCCCCGAGAUAAAGGCCUGCGGAACCGACGGAACGGCUCCCGAGGGAACGGCUCCCGAGUUUCCCUCGGAGAACCACCGCGACGCCUUUCUGGUCCUCCGGUCCUUGUGCAAGCUGAGCAUGCGGGCCCAGCCCCACGGAGAAACCUCCGGGUACGGGCAGGAGGGCCUCCAGCAUGCGCACGGGGGAAAAAGCCAGCGGAGGGCCGGGGGGGACGCCCUCUCGCACGUCUACGCCCACGCCAUGCACCCCGCCGUCGAGUCGAAAAUCCUGGCGCUGGACCUCCUCCUGUACGUGCUGAAGCGAACAAAGAUCACCGGGUCCUUCCUGCAGGACUGCGGGCCGCACUUCCACUACGCCAUCCGGAACUACCUCUGCGUCUCCCUCCUCAAGAACUGCACCUCGAACGACACCACGGUCGUCCAGCUCUCCCUGAUGGUCUUUGUCCCCAUCUUCCAGAAUUUCCGGUCCAUCCUCAAAACGGAGAUCGAGGCGUUCGUCACGAACGUCUUUUUCGUCAUUCUCGAUUCCAAGAACUCGCCGAUCGAGCACAAGAGCCUCGUGGUGACCCUCUUCAACGAAAUCUGUUCCGACCCGACCACCCUGGCCGAGAUCUUUCUGAACUACGACUGCGACCUGAGCGCGGUGGAUCUCUUCCACCGCAUCAUCAACACGCUCUCCAGGGUGGCCCGAACGACGGACGCCGAAACCUCCGACCUCGGUGCCACCGCGAUGACCAGCAUCAUUUCUUCCUCGGGGGGCGCCCGGAUGGAACGCCUGCGAACCCAGCACCGGGAGCUCCGCCUGAACGCCAUGAGGGCCCUCCGGCAGGUCCUGGCCAGCCUGAACGCCAGCAUCGUCGAACCCAUGAAGGAAAGCCAAAGCCUUUCCCCCACCCUGUCCAGAGAGGAACCAAGGAUCGGGGAGGACACCCACGAGAACCACCGGGGGCAAGCAGAGAACGGGCACGCAAGCGCGGGUGCAAGCGGGAGCGACCCGAAAAAGUCCCUGGUAGAAAUCUACGACGACAAGAAGAAACGCCGCGAGGAAGACUCGGAAACCGUGCUUCGAUUCAACCAGAAACCCAAGGCCGGGAUCGCCUACGCCACAAAGUGUGGCCACAUCGACAGCUCCGACCCGGCCGACGUCGCGCGGUUUCUGCACAAGAACAAGGACCGGUUCGAAAAGACCCAGAUCGGGGAGUACCUCGGAAGGGAACCGGACUACGACAACGGAAUGCCCCUCAAGGUCCUGCACGAGUACGUGCACCAAAUGGACUUUGACGGCCUCACCUUUGACAACGCAAUCCGAUACUACCUGAGUGGUUUCCGGCUGCCGGGAGAGGCCCAGAAGAUCGACCGCAUACUGGAGAAGUUCGCCGAGCGGUACUCGGAGCAAAACCCCGACGCAUUCCCGUCCGCGGACGUGGCGUUCAUUCUCUCCUUUUCGAUCAUCAUGCUGAACACCGACCUCCACAACCCAUCCAUCAAGGAAGAAAGAAAAAUGACAAAGGACGGUUUCAUCCGAAACAACCGAGGAAUCUGCGACGGCCAGGACCUGCCGAAAGAAAUGCUGAUCGACAUCUUUGACAGGAUCAAGGAAAACCAGAUCAGCCUGAAGGAAGACGACGAUGCCCGCGAACGCGCCGCCGACUCGUCCGCCACGACCAACGCCCUCAAUCCGGCGGCGUUCUUUACGAACCACUACGACGAGGUGGACAAGACGAAGGAAUCCAAUUUCAUCAAGGAGCGGGACCAGAUCGUCCGAACGACGGAGUCGCUGCUCAAGCGGAGGCGCCACGGAACGGACGCCGGGAAACCCGGAACCCGGCGGGGCCGGUCGAACCACACCGGGAAACCUUCACACCCGAAGUACGUCCGGACCGACGACAGCGGGCUGCGCGACGAGUACGUCGCGCCGAUGUUCGAGGUGACCUGGGGGCCGGCCCUGGCCGCGUUCUCGACCGCCAUGGAAUCGGCCAACGGGACCGUCGGGGCCCUGCUGGCGAUCGCCACGGACAAGGAGCUGGAGGCGGCCGCCAUCAACGCCGCGGAGACCAUCGAGGUGUGCCUGACCGGCUUUCGGUUCGCCAUCUGCACCGCCGGGCUCGUGGGGAACGACAUUGCCCGGGAAUCCUUCGUCUUUGCCCUUUCGCGGUUCUCGCAGCUGGGGACGGGUGUCUUGCUGGAACCCCGGCACGUUCGCUGCAUCCAAACCAUGCUGGCCAUUGCGAGAUCCGACGGCGAGCUCCUCGGCGCCAGCUGGGAGCACGUGUUCAAGGCCCUGAGCGAAAUCAACCGCUUCCACCAGCUCUUCCAGCUGAUGGCACGGAACGACAGGGCCGUCGCCCGGGCAGCAGAACGAAGACAAACGCGUCUGGUGGCAAAGGAAAAGCGAAGGGAGGCAAAAGAACUCCGGCGUGCCAAAAAAGAAGAGAGCGACAGCCUCGGCGACGCGUCGAUGGCCAACAGCGGCGAUUCCAGCGACAGCGACUCGUCUUUUGAUGACUCCUCCUUGUUCGAUGCUUCCGACGACCUUAGCCUCAACGACGACAUGGAUACGAAGGAAAUCGACGAGGCCAAUGCUCGGACCGUUUACGAAGCGGUCGCGGAGGACAUCAUCGAGGCAAUCUACGAACGGUCUUCCUCCUUGUCGACCGCAGCCGUGAAAGAAUUCAUCCUGCAACUCUGCCGGGUUUCGAGGAUGGAAAUUUCCGAUUACGGCGGCUUCGUUGCGGGUGAUUCAAACGAGGUCAGCUUGACAUCCGUUCAGUACAGAAAGAAACACGAUCUUUUGGUCCAUUCUGCGCCGAAAGAAAAAGAAGGAUUCCACCACCACCAAACAAACAUAUACAAUCUUCAGAAACUCGUCGAAGUGACUCACUACAACAUGGAUUCGAGACCGCGAUUGGUCUUUAACGAAUUAUGGACUACGGUGUCGGCAUCGUUAACAAGCACGGCGCUGCAUUCCAAUCCGGCGGUCGCGAUGUACGCGGUCGACUCGUUCCGCCAGCUCUGUAUACAGUACCUCCAAAGAGAGGAGCUUGGCGUGUUUGAAUUCCAAAGGCGAUUCCUGAAGCCUCUCGAGACCGUUAUGGCGCGCAGUGAGAUUUCUACCACAAAGGAGCUCCUGCUGAGAUGCGUGGAAAGAAUCAUUUUGAUGUUUGGAUCACCGCAGGAGGGCAACGAUGGUGGGAAGCUCCGGAGUGGUUGGCGUCCUGUUUUGAAGGUGCUCGGUCUAGCAGGCCGAGAUUCGGACGAAGAAAUAGCCAAGGUGGGAUUCGAAAUGCUGAACACUCAAAUAACGGUGUGCCUCGACCAAUGCAAAGAAGACGGAGAGAAAACGGCAGGUCAAGGCGUCUUGCUCAUAGAACGCUUCGUCGAUCUCGUGGAUGCCCUUCUGAUCUACGUUGGAGGUCCGCAUGAAGAGAUGGGUUUGCAAUCCAUUGACGAUCUCCUGAAGCUGUGUGAUUUCCUUGCGGACGAGUCCACCGUCUCACCACUACUCAAAAAACGCCGCGGUGUCGCGUCAGGGAACGGCGAAGCUAUCGCAGAGAACUCCGAAAAGACUAGCAACGAAGAGUUGGAACUAUGGUGGCCAAUAUUACUUGGUCUAUCGCGAUCAGUAGGGGAUGAAAGAAAAAAGAUUCGACAAAAAAGUUUGGAGUCACUGACAAAGAUUGUUUCUCGUCACUUCUUUCCAUCGGUUGAAAACCAAGAAUCACUCGACGAGAAUUCGAAAUCAAAGUAUGUACAGACGUUGCAACUAGUCUAUCGUGGGAUAUUUAGUCCGGUGCUCGAGUUUGGAGACGAAAGUGCUUUCAAUGCAAAGACACCCACGCUUCCAAGUGAUAUGGAACGAUUUUUAUCGGCAAAACAUCCAGGAGAGUCCCAAAAGCUCGACGAGUCAAACCACAGCUCUUCUUGGAUCGACACAACAUUCGAUCCAUUCAUGGAUGACUGUGUGCAUAUUUGUAUUCGUUCCCUCAAAGUUUUCGAUGAUGAUACAUUGAUAGAAGAUAUUUUUGCGAUGUUUAACAGCUGUUUCAUUUCUGAGUCCGGGGCAUUGGCAGCAAAGGGCCUUCGUCGACUGGAGAUUUUCGUCACAAGUGAUCUCCCUACAAGUUCUCUCUCGAACGAGAUAUGGGCCACAGUAAGUCACAUGCUCCGGCGAUCACUUCACGUGCGUGGUUUGCCAAAACGAUCUGCAGUCGCAGGCUCGAAAACCACCGAAGAAACCUCCAAAGAAGCUCCUCAACACAAAGGUGACGAUACCGAAGUUUCAAACCCAGAAUUGGAACAGCAAGAGAUGCUCCGAGAAUUUGUAGCCGAAGACAAAAUGUUCCUUGACCGGAGAUUCAUUGGAAGCAAUGCCAUAGCGGUGAUUGGGAAAUUCAUGGAGACAGAACGUUUCAAGAAAUCAUUGUCGUUGAAGUGGCGUCUUUUCCUUUUAUCAGGCCUCGGGAGGGCGAUCAAAGAUUGGGAAAUGGCUGCUGGGAUAACUGAAAAUAACCUUGGUAAAACGAAUGAUCCAAAUAGAUUAAACCCGCCGAGCUAUCGUGAGACAGCAUACUACGGCAGAAAGUGGAUGAACAGAUUCCUCCUGCAGAUUGCAGCUAUGAAAGAGAUCGAGGGAACAGCGGUUGAAGGAAGCAAGCAAGCAGCAGCACAAGAUGCCGUGAAGGAACAGACCGAGGCUCUGGUCUCGGCAUUCUUAGAGAAAGAAACCGUGAUCAACAACGACGCGAAGAGCAGCUCAUUGGAGAUAAAAUCCUUUGAUCGACUAAUGAAUCUCGUACAGGACAUGCUGGCAGGUUACGCAAAAUUGACGGACGAACACCUGGAACAGAUGCCAUGGUUGAAUCCCGUGUUGAGUUCCUGCAUCCACACGAGCAACGAAGACAUCCGCCUAGCUAUCCAGAAACUUGUGGAGCGUCUGCACUAGAUCGAUACUUGAUACAUUAUCCUCCUGCACAUUAGAAUAGUUAGUUAGCAUUAUAUCAAAAUCGUAAUAGAUAGCGAUUUGCACA